CGAGCCUUUCAGCGCGCAUAGGAGCACUCGGAGCCUCGACAAGGCGUAUAGUCUCACGGCCAUCAAUCGUUCGUGGAGUAGGAGAUGCUCCGGUCCCCUCUUCAGUACGAUACGGUGCAGUUCGCGCGAUCCAAGCUCGGCGCUUUUAGCCCGCUAUCUGUCAGCCCUGUAACAGAUCGAGCCUCAUGGGUCCUUUAGACCAGCAGAGUAUGGCCCGGAAAGAUUGUUCGAGCGGACUCGAAAAUGGCUCCUCCAUACAGCCACCGUUGCACGAGCGUCGGCCAUUGCCGCAAGCAAGAGUCUGUCAUUACCAAUGCCUGAACCAGCAACGCCAAUGUAGCAGCUUGCUCAUACGGUAACUGUCUUGCAGCAUGGUUUAUGCCGACAAAUGGUUCGAAGAAAGGUAUACUGCCCGUAAUAUCACAGUCUUCUUCUGGCUCUUGGACAUAACACUCCGAUGCUACCGUACGUGCCCGUACCCGCUCAUCAUCGGCUUUAGAAAGCCACCCCUUGUCCUGAGCAUUCUUAUGUUGUUAGAGAAUGCUCGAAACGGAGCUGGAUGUCGUGCGGGAGUGCCCCAUGGUAGACCGCUCGGAAAUGCCGCCAGCGUAGUAAGGCUCGGAAAGUGAUGGAACUGAUGGAGCUCGAUGGCUCCGAUGCGAGCUGGUCAUCUUACUGCCAUGUCGUCGGUAGUGAGGAUCGUCGCCCAUGGCGAUGCAAGUAAUUACUGAACCAGAUUGAAGGUCGCAGGCCUUGCGCAGGCCUUACCAUAGAAGUGCACCAUCCUCCGCGCUUGGACUCUUGAGCACUCGAGGACUGACGGCCCUCCUGUCAGUCUCCGAACACCAGAAUCCAGUAGUGCCAUUGUAGCAUGCUGCCCACAUGGCAGGAUACAGGCAGAGCCAUCGCGGUUACGUGGUUAGCUCCACGGCCGAACCUGCCGAACCUGCCGAACCACUGAACGCAUGGAGACGGGGAAACACAGUCCGCGCUCUCGCACGUCCUCUCGAAGCCAUCCAGCGGCCGACUAUGCAGAAGGCUUCACUGUGGUUAGAACGAGUAUCAUCAUCUGGCGGUCGUACCUCCUAACACGCGCAGAAACGU